AACAUUUACGUUGUGUCGUCAUACGCGGUGUAUUUUCACAUAUUUUUUUGUCCACUUAUAUUGGUGUUCAAUUUGUUUAAUAGUUAUAAACGUUUGAAUUUUCAGUGAAUUUUACUUAUUUUUAGCAAUUCAAAACUUCUAAUGAUGUCGAAGUUUUUAUUGCUUCUUUGCUUUACUGCUGUCCACGUUCUAGGUGAAGACCAGGAAAAUGUUUUAUCUAAAAAGAAUGAUGCUCUUCUCACUUCUCCCAGGACAUCUUUACAAAAUGAUUCUGAACAUUUAAAAACAAAUAUUCUAUCAGAUAAGAAUAUUUCCUUGACAGAUUUAGGAAUUAUUUCAGACACAAACAAGAAUAAAAUAAAGCCACAAGAAGUUAUUAAAAAUUCUUUUCAAACUUCUACAAUUAUUUCCAAUCAUUCUACUAUCAUGCCAUUAGAUAUGACAGCUAUCCCAAUUUUUACAAAUGAAACAUCUAAAAAAAUUUCGUAUAUAACUAAUCCAAUAGUUAUACAUGCUCCAGUAAAUUCUACCUUGUCUUCUUACACAACUGGUAAAUGGACAGUUGUUAAUGGAACAGAUCAAAUUUGUAUUGUAGUACAGAUGUCUGUGAUGUUUAAUAUCUCUUAUAUCAACGUUAAUAAUGAGACAUCUUUUAUAACAUUCGAUAUGCCAACAGACAAUGUUACUACGAAAGCAAGUGGAUAUUGUGGCAAAUUGGAACAAAAUUUGACAUUAGAAUGGUCUGCUAAAAAUAUAACUAAUGGUAGUAUGACAUUGCAUUUUAUGAAAAAUGCAACUGAAAAUGAUUAUUCUCUUCAUCAUUUGGAAGUUUUUCUUCCAGCAUCAGAUUUUCCUUCAAAUUUAAAACUGAAUGGAUCAGUAUCUUUAGUACAUGAAACACCUGAUUUUGAAGUUAGACUAUCCAAUUCUUAUAGAUGUUUAAAACAACAAACGCUCAACUUAAAACAGAAUAAUAGUAAUGAGACAUCUGGCUAUUUAAUUGUAUCAGGACUACAAUUUCAAGCAUUCAAAGUUGAUAAUUCUACUGUGUUUGGUUUAGCCAAAGAUUGCGCUUUUGAUACACCAGACGUCGUACCAAUAGCUGUAGGCUGUGCACUGGCAGGAUUAGUGAUUAUAGUAUUGAUCGCGUACUUGAUUGGUCGUCGUCGAAAUCAAGCUCAUGGCUAUCUUAGUAUGUAAUAUUAAUGUUUUUUUAUUUUUAAUUUUUUUCGUUGAUUCAGUGAAAAUUUCAUUAUUUAGUUUAUAUAAUGUAUUAUAAUAUUAGCUGCAAAACUUAAAAGAAGAUAUUUCCCAAAAAUCAUAUAUUAAAAAUUGCAACACGAACUUUUAAAAAUAUAAUUAACAGAAAAAUAAAGAUAUAUAAAAUUUAUGAUUUUAUUACAUCAUGUUCAAAAUCAUGUAUGAUGUCUUUGAAUUAUAAAACAUUUUAUUUACAUAUUCAAGUAAUAAAAUAAUACAAUAUAUAACGUA